AGUCAUCCCAACAAAUCCCUCACAAUGGCCGUCGGCAGCUGUUUCUGCGGCAAGAUUCAAAUCAAAUACAAUGCCCCAAUCAUCGCAUCGGGCCUAUGCCACUGUACAAGUUGUCGCAAGCUCACCAGCGCCCCGUUCAGCUAUAGCUUCAUCAUCAAAACCGCAGAGCUAGAGAUCACCGGAAAUCCCAAAGAAGUGCCCAAGAUCGCAGAUAGUGGGAACCAGAUCAAGAAUUAUUUCUGUCCGGACUGUGGAACACCGCUCUAUGGACAAAAGAUCAACGAGGACGGACAACCGGAUCAAGUCACUAUUGUCCGGGCGGGAGUCUUUGACGAUGAGCGGUUGAUGGAAGAGAGGAAGCCGGAGGUAGAGAUUUAUACUGAUCGACGCUUACCGUGGAUUAGCCCGGUUGAGGGGGCGGCGCAGUGUAGGGGCAUGUUGCCACCGUGA